GACGGCAUGAUAGACAGAUGACUAUCGAAUGAACGCUUCUCAACAGAACCCAAAUCGAGCUUUCGUUCUACGCGAUCGGCACCGCGCAUUCUCGUUCGAAUAAUUUGAUUUUCCUUUUUUGAUAUUCUUGUUAUGCUAUUGCAUUGGUAAUAAUUGCAGUCGUAUCCUUUUCAGUGAUAAGUUUAAUUUCUGGAACGAAGAGUUGAUCUAGGGGUUUCACCAUGUCUUCGUGUAAGGCCGAACAGGAAGAGGAAGCUGAAGUAUUGUUGUCCAUCUACGAAGGGGAUUCGCUAUUUAAGCAGGUAUCCCCCACUGUAUAUCACUACCGUUACGGAGAAGAAGGUUCACCUCGAGCGUUUGUUGCAGAAAUUACGUGGACAGAUGACUAUCCAAAUGCGGUACCUGAAGUUAACCUUGACCUUUUUGGAAACAAGCAUCUCCUACAGGAAAUUCGAGAUUGGAUACGCGAGAAACUUCUCGAGCAGGCCGAAGCCAAUAUAGGAAUGCCAAUGACCUAUACCCUGUUCGAAUGGCUGAAGGAAAAUAGCGAUCAGUUAACGGCAGAGCAACCGGACAAAUCUACAGUAACUGAGGAUCUUUUUACAGUCUCGUGUUGGGCUCAAUAUGAAGACGUUCGUUGUAAAUGCAUUUGCCCUAACGCCUCAGUCGUUGGAAGUCAAUCUGGCAGCAAUCGGAAGCUAUACAUCAAAAAUGUAGUUCCCCAAAGAUGUAACUGCGAAGGUGUGGUGAUGCCCCAUGUGGACACCGACCUACGAGAUAAAGCAGCUGAAUUCUGCCCACGAUGCGAGUGCAAGUACGAGAUACGAAAUACGAUGACAAUUCGUGUCUGCGUAAUCCUCCUCAUCUGUGUAGUUGCAUUAUUGACGCUCUACAUGGCAUUUCUGAGAUGCUUAGAGCCACUACUAAACAAGCGCCGAGGCGGUAUUGUUAAGUACGAGGAGCACCUGAACGAAGAUGUAAACCUUGGCGAUUUUGGAGCACAUGACGGUAAUAUCUCGUCAGAAGGUGAAUUACAGUUACGAGGUGCGACGAGGGUACGAUCUGGCUCUGGAGUUCUGGACAAGGUUGGUGCACAACAAGAUCGAUGGAAGCGACAAGUCCAAGAGCAAAGAAGAAAUAUCUACGAUAAGCGCACGAUGCUAAACUAGGCCGCUUUGUGUUUAGUGACACUAGUGAAUUAUGAAAGCAACGGUUGAAAUGUGCAAAACUGGGCGAUUAUUUAUAUGAAUCUCUUUUGAAUAUCAUUUGUCGAAAACGUAGUGUACAUUGACUCCGUCUUCAAAAUUGUGAAAUGUCAGUUUCACUAGACGACUUCUUCGCAAGGGACGUCAACAAAGAAACGUAUGACCAAACGGAGUCUUGUUAGCCUUGGAGAGCUUCUCCCAUACGUAGAGGAUAAUAUGUUAUUGAAAAACUGUUUAUCAAUCAAAAAAGAAUAAUUUAAAACUAGCGGCAUAUGGAUUGAUGUGGCGAGUGGCAACGUUUUAAGAUCACUUGGUGAAAUAGUAUUUUUUAAAAGCCUAACUUAAGAUUAGGUACGCCAGUGUUCGGUUGUUGACCUAAUUUUCAAGUUGGGUGCCAUGAAAUUUACUAUAAUUAUAUUUAACGUCUAAAUGGCAGAAGAUGUUCAUUGAAAAUUAGCGGAAUAUUCAAGCAAACUAAGAGUAUAAUAUUACAAAAAUGUACUUGCACCCUCAUAGGAGUUCCGGUGCGCGCUUAAGCAUUAUAUAGUUUCUUACUUAAACGCGACAUAUUUGAAAUCCAUAAUUUAUUUUUUGCGAAGUGAACCAAUAGAACAAAACACAUCAGUUAGCAAAAAAUAAUAGACUAUAAUGGGAAAUAUAGAUAAUAGCAUUGAUGAAAAUGAGUUGAUUACUAUUUCUUUCCAGAUCAUUAUUUUAUUAAUUUCAAACAUUUAACAAAAUCAUUAACACAACCAAGUGAAUUUCAGCUCUAAACAGUGAAUCAAGUUUAAACGAAAAUGAGGAAUUCAGAGCGGUUAAUUCAUCGGUGGCUUCCGUUAGGUUUCGUAAAUACGUAAAAGCAAACGGCUAAUAUGUUUUUUUACAAUGAUAGAAAUCUAUUUCAUCGUGAGCUGUGACUGGCGAAAGCUGAAACGAAUGCUAAUAAGUAUUCAGUGUAAAUAGGUUGUAACCGACAAAUAUUACCCAGUCUCAGCAAUGUAAUAAAUUUUAUUUUAGCACAGUUUACAAAUCAGUAACGAAAAUUACUGUAUACAGUAAAUUGUGUUAAAGCAAUACAGUGCUAAGGCAGAGGUAUAUGACAGUUGUAUAGAGUAGACGGAUAAAAAUCCGUUAACAGAUCUGUAAUCGUAAUAAUAAACCAUUAAAUUCGUAUUAGAUGUCUAAUAAAAGUAGACCUAAAUAA